AUGUUUGAUAAGUGUCUUUCCAGCCCCAAAAAGAUCUUUCCAGCUGAAUGGGCCGGAAAGACUGUUUGUUUUACACAAAAAAACUUCGUCUUUCCCGGUAAGAUUGGGCUUUCACACAAAGCCACAAAAAGAAGUCUGAAUGGAAAAGAAGGACGCGUUGGACAUUUGUGCCCUAAAAAAAAACGCAUACAUCCGUCGCUGCAAUCUUCGAUCACCCCAUCAUCGACUCUACCCACUUUCCAUCGCAUCCAUCUUCCAUCACCGGCCAACCUCCUCCCGCCAAGCAGACCACCGCCGCUCUACUGCUCCGCCCCACAGAAAUUUGACAUGUCACAAAGGAAAUCUAUAAUCUUUUGGGACCAAAGUUUAGACAAAACUUUUAUUGAUUCUUGUAUCCAAGAAGUAACCACAAAUGGUCGUGAGGGUAGUGCCCUCAAACCAAAUUCAUGGAAAGUUGUAGCCGAAAAAUUAUUAAAGGAACACGGUUUAGUCGUUGACCAAAAACAGAUGAGAAACCACUACGACUACUACAAAGGAAAGUAUCAAGCUUGGGUGAAACUUAAAAGCAAAACUAGAAAUAUAUAUGAUCCUUUAACAAAUAAAUUUAAUUUGACUGGCGAACAAUGGGAGACGGAGACGAAGUUGAACAAGAUUGUAGGAGCUUUGAAAACUGUGCCCCUCCUUUUCCCUGGUCUGUGCACCCAAUUAUUUGAAGGUUCAACCUCUACCGACUUUGAUAGUUGGGGGCCAUCUUCUACCCUCCCCCGUCCUACUCCUGAAUACACUGAGCAUGACUUUCAUGAGGUUCAAUGCACCCAAAAGGAAACUCCUGACUCAACCCAACACGUAGCUGCAAGUGAAGAAUCCUCCGGACAUUCGAAAAAUAGGAGAGUGGGUGGAAACAAAAGAGCUGGUGGAAACAAGAGAAACGCAAGGGAACUAGAAGUUGAGGAGGAAAUCAUAAAGUUUACAAGGAAGCUUGUGGAACAAAACCAAAGAAGUGAACAAAAUCAAAGAAGUGAAAUGGAUAAGGACAUAGAUGCAUGUAUGGAGAAAUUGGCAAAAAUUGGAUGGGGAGAAGAAGAUGAAAGACAUAAGACCACUCUUUUGUUAUUUGCUGAAAGUGCUGAUAUUAGGAAAUUGAGGUUAAACUGGCCAAGGCUAAAAAAAAUUGAUAGAAUAAGAGAUAAUGAUUCGAGCGGGUAUGCGUAUACACAAGAUUUGAUACACGGGGACCCUAUCGAAUGUUACAAUAUGAUGCGUCUUACACAAGAGGCAUUUGACAUAAUGAACGUUUUCGAGCGGUUAAAGGAAGAUUUCAUCACUCCACUCAAACCACUCAUCAAUGUUUUCAUGAGAGCAAUAGGUGCACUAGAUGGAACUCUUGUACAUGCAGUAGUGCCCGUUGAUCAACAAACGAGAUGGGAAGGCAUAGCACAUGAUUCAAUAGUUUUGAAAGAAGUUGCAUUCAAUCCGUCUUCCGAAUUUCCAUUCCCUCCACCAGAUAAAUAUUAUAUUUGUGAUGCCGCAUAUACCAACACUCGUGGGUUCAUGGCUCCGUAUCGUGGCACUAGGCAUUGGUUAGCCGAUUUUCGAGGACGUCAACCUUUAACUAAAGAAGAAAGGUUCAAUCUUGCUCAUGCACAACUUAGAAAUUUCAUUGAGCGUGCUUAUGGUGUAUUGAAGGCGAGAUUCCCAAUCUUAAAACAAAUGGCUCCUUAUCCUUUUCCGAUACAAAGAGACAUAGUCAUUGCCUGUAUCGCGGUCCAUAAUUUUAUAAGGAAAUACAAUAUCCAAGAUGAGUUAUUUGAAAAUUUUGAAGAGAAAUUUAUGGUUAAUCUUGAUGUGCAUGGUGGAGGAAUUGAAGGCGAAAACACACAAGACAUAGAGUGGGGUUCAGAAGCCAUUGAUUACAUGGCUACUUUGCGUGAGCAGAUUGCUAAUCAACUACUUUCACCCGAUUUACUUUAG